CUUUCCGUGAAACAAGUGUUGAAAAUGACUUAUUGUGGCCGCGACUGGCUCCGAGGGGCAAGAACAGCUCCAGAGAUUCAGCAUCUGUUCAACAGUGAACUUCUGGAUGAGUUUGACUCCAUCCGCCUUUGGCUCCAACUGAUCCGAAGCGCCAUCCUCAAAGAAAAUGAGGUGACUGAGAACAAGAGAGGCAAGCGAAAUCUGUGGAUGUUACAGAGAGAGGUUGACUGUGGUUGGACACAGAUGUCCGAGCUUUUCCUCAGCAAUGAUCGCCACCCCAGCGUGCGGAACUCACUCGUCGACAUCCACAACACCGUCACCACGGCCGCCUCUCACUACAGACUCUCGCGACUUCUCCCACCACCCAUCUUCGUCCAGGGAGAACUGGUUCCCCCGGCUCUGCCCCCUAAAGCCGGGAAGCUCAGACGUUUCAUCACCAGUGUCCGUACAAGACUGGCAUAUGUUGUCUCCAAAAACAAAGUGAAACCCACAGACGUUUCUGUUGUCAAAUGCCGUGUUAGAGACACUUCUGGAUAUAAGUCUGUCUUUGUUCGUGUUGUUCAGUGUAUCAGGAACAUCACCAGCAGCAAGAACCAGGUUCUCCCUGUGUGAAAAGAUACACAUGUAUUGUAAAACCUUUCUUGAUGGGUGUACAUUGAAUGUGAUUUGUUUGAA